AUGCUCCGCUCCGACGCCUUCCGCUCCGACCGCGGACUGGGCAAGGUGGCGCUGGCGGCGUUCGGGCUGGGCGUGUUCAUGACUCUGCACGUGUCGCUGCUGCUCUACACGGAGUUUGUGGCGCUCAGCGGCAGCGCGGGCGACGCUACGGCCUCCGCGCGCUGGCGGUGCGUGGAGCAGUGGAGUCUCUACGCGUUGGCGCUGGGCUUCUUCCACCUCAUGGAGUUCAUGCUGACGGCCGCGUAUCGGCCGGCGAAUGUCAGUUACGAGUCGUUCCUACUUAACCACAGUCAGGAGUACCACUUGGCUGUGCUGUUCAGCUGCGUGGAGUUCUGGCUCGAGCUGUACUUCGUGCCCAGCUGGAAGCUGCACGCCCUGGUUCGUCCCGUGGGGAUUGCUCUCGUCGUCGUGGGCCAAUACUUCCGGAUCUCGGCCAUGAGCACCGCUGCCAGCAACUUUUCCCACAGGAUCGAGUACCUCAAGAGGAAAGAGCACAAACUGGUCACGCACGGAGUGUACCGCUUCAUUCGCCAUCCGAGCUACCUGGGCUGGUUCUGGUGGAUUGUGGGCAGCCAGAUCCUGCUCGGAAACCCGUUGUGUGCCGUGGGCUACUCUCUCGUGGCUUGGAGCUUCUUCCACGACCGCAUCCCGUAUGAGGAACAACUGCUGCUCGCCUUCUUCCCGGACGAGUACCCGGCGUACAAGGCUCGCACUAUUAGCGGCAUCCCAUUUGUAUGA